AUGGAAGCACAGAACCAAACUCACUUGACUGAGUUCAUCAUUAUGGGCUUUAAGAAUCUGCAGGAUGUGCAUCUUUUGCUCUUCAGUGGGUUCUUCAUUACUUAUCUAUUCACCGUGCUAUGGAAUACCUUCAUCAUCAUAAUGACUAUGGUGAACCAGAGGCUCAGAACCCCUAUGUAUUUCUUCCUUGGAAACCUCUCCUUUCUUGACAUCUGCUACACUACCACCACUAUUCCCCAAAUGUUGGCUCACCUUCUCUCAGAGAGAUGCAGUAUCUCCUACAUAGGCUGUUUGCUUCAGGUAUAUUUUUUCUUUUCCUUUGUGGGCACUGAAUGUCUCCUUCUGGCAGUGAUGGCCUUUGACCGUUAUGUGGCCAUAUGCAACCCUCUACGCUAUACACUGAUUAUUGGAAAAGACAUUUGUCUCCAGCUAUCCACAGCUUGCUGGGCUGGUGGCUUCCUCAACUCUGUGGUGCACACUACAUUUGCCUUUCAGCUACCUUUCUGUGGGGACAACCGCAUAGAUGCUUUCUACUGUGACAUCCCUCCAUUGCUGAAACUGUCAUGUGGAGACACUUCCCUCAACCAAAUUCUGUUGCUAUCUAUUGGCCUAUUCAUAGCUUGGACCCCAUUAGUUUGUAUCCUUCUUUCAUACACUUGCAUCAUUUCAACUGUGAUGAAGAUACGCUCCUCUGAAGGAAGACAAAAGGCUUUUUCCACCUGCUCCUCUCAUCUGACGGUGGUCCUUCUGUACUACGGCAGCUCUAUUUUCACCUACUUGAGUUCAAAUAGUGGUCAUUCCUCAGAUCAUGCCAGGCUAAUUCCAGUGAUAUAUAGUGUCUUAACACCACUUUUAAAUCCUAUUAUAUAUACAGUGCGCAACAAAGAUGUGAAGAACGCUUGGAGAAGCAUGAUUAGAAAAAUAUGA